AAAAUCUUCCGCUUGUUAUUUUUGCAACAUUGGUCGGAACUUGGAAGCAGAGGGUUGAGAUAUACGACUGUUGUGUGAUUGAAAGUUUUGAACUUUUGCGUCGCUCAGGUUUCUGUCACCGCCGUGUCGUAGUUUGUAGCUCUCGCAGGGCAUUGUUGAAUUUUUUGAGGUCCUAAGAUUGAUAUUCUGUUACGCUUAUUAGCUUUAAUCAAUAGAAUUUCAGUUUCCUCGAUUGUAACCUAUGCCGGGAGUUGCAGCUUUUAGGUUAUAGUCUCCGGAUCAAUCUGCAUUCUUUAAAAUCUGGAGUUUUUUUUUUUUUUUUUUUUUGGUUUGGUUGCUUCUCUCCACUUUUAAAACUCAUUUAUGUACUUCUUAGCUAGAGGACAAGACAGGAAGCAGCAAACAAUCAUGGUGAUGGUGUCUAAUUCUAGCCAUCAUAACAAGGAAAUAAAUGUCAGAAGGAGAAUCUCUGAGAUAUACAAUAAAAGGGAAGAGGAUUUUUCGGCGCUUAAGGACUACAAUGACUACUUGGAAGAAGUGGAGUGCAUGAUAUUCGAUUUGGUAGAUGGAAUCAAUGUUGAGGCUAUUGAGGAGAAGAUAAAGAGAUACUCUCGAGAGAAUGUUGAACAGAUCAUGGUUAAUCGAGCCCGCAAGGCUGAAGAUCUAACUGCAGCCUUGGCGGCUUGCAAGGCCCAACAACCUCCACAAACUGAUGCCGAUACGUCUUCAAACCAUGGGACCACGGCUGCAACUGCAUACAGUCAGGCUCCACGACCAACUGCAUACAGUCAAACUCCACGACCAACGGGAAUGGGACCGCAACCUGUGCCUAUAGGAGGAAGAGCAGAUCAUCAGCGUUACUCUAUGGAAGACGAAGCAAUGCUGAGGAUCAAAGCGGAGAGAGCUCCACGCGCUGGAGGAUUUUCUUUGGGGAUAAGCAAGAAGAGGGCUUUGGAAGAAGCAUUUGCUUGCAUUUGGGUUUGAUUCUUCAAGAUUGUGAUCACCAGUUAUGCGUGUACAAUCUGAUCAGUGAUCAAUCAACAGUUAUGAAUUAUAUCAGUCUUACAACC